CCUUUCAUUGCUUCAAAUUGUGGGUAGCCUAUUUUGCGCCUAUAGUGGCAACUCCAAGGAGGAAUCUCAUUUUUUCUUUCUUCUUCAUUAUUGUCUCCUGAAAAUUCCGGAAAUUCCUUUGUAGAUUCGGUCAUCAUUAAAUCAAACGCAUCAUAGUGCAUUCCAAAUCAGUCAAAAGCUAAUGCGUAAAGUAUAUUCAUUCAACUACUUGCGCUAUCGAUGUAAUCAAGUACCUCAGUUCAAACCGUACUAAUCGAAUUGCGAAGUUUAAUCGAUGGCUAGUCAACGCCACAAUGAAAACCUUAGCGAAGUAAUGCAACGCCUGCAAAUAGGGGAGGAUAAAAUUGGGCUAAGCUCUCCCAAUUAUCCCGUUGUUGCAAAUUACAUUCGGCAGCAUGUUGGUAAUACAUCGAACCAACAGCAACACUCUGCGGAGGAAUACAAGUUGUAUGAGCGUACAAAUAUAAUUGCAUCUUCUAAAUAUGCCACACCCCGUGCGAUUGAACAAUUGGCCGCUGAUGCAAACACAAACACUAUUCCACCGUUACAACCUACACCAAAUGGGGGUGCUGCGGGUGUAGGAAAUAACCCACAUUAUGCUGGUCGCAAUCUGAUGUAUGAACCAAAAAUUUCAUCUCAACAGUCACCUGUUUAUGAGAAUCUAGAAUUUUGUGGUGGCGGGAUCUCAUCGGGAACAUAUUUUGAUUCGGCACACAAGCGUGCACAGCCCCAAAGUCCGAGUGCGAAUCCUUCGCGAGGCCAAUAUAUGGUGAUGCAUGCUAGUACCAGUAGUGGUCGUUUUGCGCACACACCAGUGCCAGAUCAUCACACUGAUAGUACGCCUAUAUAUGAAAAUAUACCACAUUCUGGACAACGUGCACAACCCCAGGCUUCACCGGCGACUGCUACAAUAUAUCAACAUGUGGAGAUAUCACCACAAUUGAGUGGUGUUAGCAGCGGUGGAGCAAUCGCACUAGCACCACAUCAUAUACGCGAGAACUCUGGUCUAGAUAUGUCCACGGUAUUGGCCUCACCGAUGCAUCGACGUAGCACAUCAAAUUCUUCAUUGAAAACAGUGGCUUCCAAUAGCACUGCAGCUGCUACUGGUGGUGGAAGCGAUUUAUCAUUGCCAAGCCAGCGUUAUCGCAACCUCUCUUUGCCCAGUUAUACUAACAACGUUCAAAUUUCCCCCGCAAAAUCUUUGGCAUCCAGUACAACAAGCAGUAACGAUUACAAAUUGCUCCAACACACACCAAUUAAAAACGCACAUCACAUUCCCAACCAUCAUCCUAUCAUCAAUGUAUCGGUUAAUCCAAAUUACAUUGAAGAAAUCAACAGUUCUGACUAUGUUUGCAUGACGGCCAAUUUGCAUCGCCAGCCAGCCAGGAGUCCAACAGGAGGCGCGUCAUCACUACGUUCAAAUACGACGGCGUUCGCUUCGAGCAAUAGCGGAUUGCGGAAAAUGUGCAAUGAGUCUCCAGUCUAUGUAGGCAACAGUGGUACUGUUGAGUCAGAAAAGCUCACUUCAUUAGCUGGUGCUCGUAAAAUUUCGCCAAUGAGCGAACGUAAAUUCACACAAUCGCCGUUGGCAAUACCGCAACGACCAAUGUCUUCAGGUGGAGGGGCAGCAUCAUCCAUAUCGCCAACACCCUCACAAAAUAGUACUGGUCUCUCAAAGAAUUUACUACCCUAUAGCGUGACUCCACCACGUCCCACUGGUCCCACUGAAGCGCAGCGCAAAAUCGAAGAGCUCACUCGCCAAUUGGAGGAAGAAAUCGAGCAAAGUGAAGAGCAGGGCGAAUAUUUUGGUAUUUGUCAUACAUGUGGCGAUAAGGUUAAAGGUGCUGGACAGGCAUGUCAGGCUAUGGGGAAUUUAUAUCACACGAAUUGCUUUAUUUGUUGCUCAUGUGGACGUGCGUUGCGUGGCAAGGCGUUUUAUAACGUUCAUGGGCGCGUUUAUUGCGAAGAGGAUUACAUGUAUUCGGGUUUCCAACAAACAGCAGAAAAGUGUGCAAUCUGCGGGCAUUUAAUAAUGGAGAUGAUUCUUCAAGCUAUGGGCAAAUCGUAUCACCCUGGUUGUUUCCGCUGUUGCAUCUGUAACGAAUGUUUAGACGGCGUACCGUUCACGGUGGAUGUGGAUCAUAAAAUUUAUUGCGUAAAUGAUUAUCAUCGCAUGUUUGCACCGAAAUGCGCCAGCUGUGGCAAAGGCAUAACUCCUGUGGAAGGUACUGAUGAAACUGUUCGUGUAGUCUCAAUGGACAAAGAUUUCCAUGUGGAUUGUUACAUCUGUGAAGAGUGUGGUAUGCAACUUACAGAUGAGCCAGACAAACGCUGUUAUCCAUUAGACGGACGCUUACUAUGUCGCUCUUGUCACUUGCAGCGUCUGGCCAUGCAGCAGUCAUCGCCUCACGUUCGACAUCAGGAGCCUGUAUGCGCCUCAUACCAGUACAUGGGUUAAAGCUACAAGGCUGCUAUACAAGUCCAUAUACAUUAUUUACUUAUAAUUGUAUGCAUUCCUACUACUACAAUACGCGAGGGAAAAUAUCAAAAAUUAGUAAUUAAGUCGCCAGAUUCAGCGCACAACUUUUUGACAAA